ACAGACAUAGAUCUAGUUGUAUUUUAAUCUCUCCACGUAUAAUGGGCUCAGAUCCAUUAGGGAGGUUCAUUGAUGGAUUUGCCAUUGAAGUGUUUCCGUUUGUUCAAUGAUGUUUGGGUUGAUAUUUGAGAAAUGACUCCGGUUUUAAUGAUUAAUUGGUACUUAAGGAUGGCACAACCGUCACAUUCAAUAAAGUUAAAGCUGUCCUUGUGCUAAUAACAAUGUGUAGCAUUCCAGUCGCUGCUUAAGGAACGUCUCAAUAAACAACUUGAUGCCAGCAGUGUUACGUGUGGUGUACUGAGCUCUUAACACCAAGAUUUUCUCUCCUAGAGCAUAGUUUGACAAGAAUAUAACAAGUCAAAGCUUCCAUAUGAGAACAGAUUGAGCUGAACAUCUUCAGUUCAGGGAGCCCACCCCACCAAAGUCAACGUUAUCAUUUUUUUCUUCGCAGUAGAUCUGUAAUCAGUCAGUUGCGUUGAUGUAACGAGCAAUAUAAAGUGAUUCAGAAGGCACUUAUUAACUCACUGUAAUCUACAUCCAGGACAUGAUACACCUUCGUAAUGUGAGGCCUGGUCUACGGUCUUCGGCUCUCACACUCCAUGUAGGCCUACCCAUAUCCCGCCUCACCAACUGCGGAGACGGAGCCUUCUCUUAUAGUGCACCUCGUCUAUGGAAUUCACUACCGCUUGACCUCAGAACAUAAAAUAAUCGGUCAUCCUUCAAGCGACAGCUCAAGACUCAUCAAAAGUCAACAUUAGCCUACCGAAAGUCAACAUUAGCAUUUUUACUUCGCAGCAGAUCUGCAUGAAUAGUUUUGAUGGCAUUGUGAAUCUGAAAUACGACCAUGUAAAGAGUCAUCUGCUAAAACUGAUCCAGUUGUCGUAUCAAAUUAAAUUCAUUUACAUGUACUAGCUGUUGCUUGUUUGAAACUGAGCCAAUCUGGGAACGGACAAACAUUCUGAAGUGGUUUUUCCUUGUUCAAUGUGCAAACAUUGCAAUCCUACUCCAACCAAAGCUUCCCACUGCCUCGAUUCUAAGAAAGCGCAAGUAUAUAUUUUGAACCAGAUCAUGUAUUUUUAAGUGUUCAUUUCAAAGACUUGUGCUUGAUCUUUUUUGAGUGAGUGUAAAUUAGUGACGUUUACUCGAACACCACAAUGGGAUCAGGCGUGACGUCAGGUGAGUGCACCGCCAACAACACUGUCAACAUCAGUACUGAGGAGAGUGCUGAGUGGCUUUACACUCCAACACACACUCUCUUUGUAACCGUCAUCGUCCCAGUUUUCUGGGGUGCUGGCGUUGUCACAAACUCCACAUUUCUGUUUGUCUUGCUUCGCCUUCCUAAGAUGAGAUCCAAGAGUAACAUCUUGCUGGCUAACUUGGCGCUCGCCGAUCUGUGGCAGAUAAGCUUUUAUGCUGGAAUCUACCUCUGGAUGUAUCUAGCCUCCCCGGUUCUGUUCUCCCUACCGUUUGUAAGCUCGGCUGGCUGCAUGGGUUUCUACGCCGCAUUUAACGUCGGGUACUUUUCCUCCGUCGCACUGGUGACUGCAGUUUCGCUGGAGCGAUACAUCGCCCUCUGCCAUCCCAUGAAGCAUCUGACGAUUUUUAGCCGGCAGCAGGCCUACAAAAUGGUUGGGAUCUGCUGGAUGGUGGGGUUGGUGUUUUCAAGUUCGGUCAUGCCCGGUAUGGCAAUCCUGAACAUGCGAUGCCUUCAGUGGCCCGAUGUGGACACAUUUGAUGGGUUCCCAUCAGUUUCUGCAUUCUGUGGUCCAGUAAUGCUCUGGGUUAGAUACUACACUGAGCCACUGGUACUCAUCCCAUGGCUGGUAAUCGUCAUCGCAAACAUCUACAUGUUUGUGGAAAUGGUGCGCACCUUAAACAAACGCAGGGCUAUCAUGGAUCAGGCUAUAACUGGAGCACACCUCAGAAUGCUGCAAGUCAGAAAAAAGUUUGCGAUCAUGCUGAUCAUUAACGGCACCAUUUUCUUUAUCUGUCAGACUCCAGUCCGAUUAUUCAAAAUCUCCCAAUGGAUCUGCUUUGUCGCUGGUAUCCCGGACAAUCCCCUUGUCAUCAGUGGGAAUUACUCAUCAUGGAUCGUCCUGGUUCCCCAACUCACUAACUGCCUGGUUAAUCCAUUAAUCUACGGCGUUACGAAUGCCAACUACCGGGCUGCAUUGCGUCAAGCAUUCCGGUGCAGAGUUCAGCCCAGAAAAGCCCCCUCAACUCAACAGCUAUGUGCUCUGGUAAUAAGGAACAGCCACGCUGAUGUAGGAAACCACCAUCACGAAGCACAAACUGUCAACCAGCUGUAAGAACUUGAAUAAAACAGUGUAGCCAUGAACUGUUAUAGCAGUAAUAAUAUGUUAGUAUCGUACUUUUGCAUAGAAAGGAGAACGUAAUGCCAUCUUGUGUACUGAAGCUUAAUAGUUGGUAUUUAUUUUGCCAUCAGAUUCUGUGUUAAAGGUUUUUAGCAUGCAUGCUUUCAAUGGCUUCAAGUUUUGAGCUUUGCAAUAUUUUCAUAGUUGUCAGUGUAAUAUUUGCAGAAAUUUGAAGGUUUGAAGUUUUGUGCUCUGUAAUUUAAUGUUACAUGAUAUUUUGUAGAUUGGUGGUUUGUGCCUAUAGUGGGUGGAAUACAUGUCACUGUGUCUCACUCUUAUUUCGAAAAGUUCCAGUUUGCAAAAACGUACAAAUACUUUACUUGCUACCCUAAACUCCUUAUACAAAAAUCUAAAAACAAAAGUUCUAAAGUCAACUUUAAAUCUUGCUUAGCUCCGCUCCCAAUUUCUAGUUGAUCACUCGUGAAAAUAACCUAAGAAAAAUCGGACAAAUUUACAUGUUUUCCCAAAACUUUAGGUCUAAAAAUCAAGCUUUUCUUGUUUUAAUAUUUUAAUCAUUGACAUUUCAAUGCCUUGUAUUGAUAUUUUUACACCAUUUUACGUUAACAUUUUUUUUGCUUUAAUUUAAUAUUAUAUUGUUUAUUUUAAAAGUUUUGUACAGCACCUUGAGCGUCUGUUUAGGCAGAUUAUGGCGCUUAUAUAAAUAUACAUAUAAUUAUUAUUAUUAUAAAAAUUUGGGUAACUUGAAAUAGUUUUUUUAGUUCAGAAUUUAAUGUGCAUACCUGAAAAACUGAAUAAAAGCACUUUUCCACACCUUGGAUAAAAUCAGAUUUUUUUGUAUGUUAAACAUGCAAAAAAUACAAUAAAUUCUGUUGCAUUUAGUUGUACGUCAGGGUCAGACACAGUUUUUUCUUUUGUAAAUAUACCGGAUUAAGCUGCAACAAAAGGUUGCCAUGGCAUUUGCUGGCCGAAUAAAAUUGUGCGCACGACCUUUAGUAUAAUUGAAUCUCUCCACGUGCAUUAGGAAGAUUUCCAAAAUGUUAUCUCAAAUAUUGAUGGGUUGGACCAUAAAGUGCAUUUCAUUAAGUAGAGGGCUCAAUCCCCAUAAUCUACAGUAUUUCAUGAAAUCGUAUCUGCCCUUGUGCCAUGAAAUACCUCAGUCAGAAUAGUCGCUGUUUAAGGCACAUUUUAAUAAUCAACCUGAUGAAUUGUUACAAUUUUUUAUAGAGGGCAUUGUGGGCGUGGUUUGGACUAGGCCUAUUAUCUGGAGAACUACAAGAAUACCGUAGCUUAAUAACUCGUGGAACUAUGUUCUUGCAUAUAAUUGUCCUGACUGCAUAUGGACGAAAACAAAACAUAACUCAUAAAAAACAAUCCGUUUUCUACAUUCUGUUCAUGGACCUGACAUAGAUCUAGUUAUUUUUAAUCUCUCCACGUAGUGUCAUAAUAGCCUCAGAUCCGUUAGGGAGGUUUAUUGAUGGAUUUGCCAAUAAAGCAUUUCCGUUUGUUCGUUGUUGUUCGGGUUGAUAUUUGAGAAAUGACUCCGGUUCUAAU